UUCACAAUGAGCGGACGAGGCAAAACCGGAGGAAAGACCAGAGCCAAGGCCAAGACUCGCUCCUCCCGCGCAGGACUGCAGUUCCCCGUGGGCCGCGUCCACAGGCUGCUGCGCAAAGGCAACUAUGCGGAGCGUGUUGGUGCCGGAGCCCCCGUCUACCUGGCGGCCGUCCUGGAGUAUCUGACCGCUGAGAUCCUGGAGCUGGCUGGAAACGCUGCCCGCGACAACAAGAAGACCCGCAUCAUCCCCCGUCACCUGCAGCUGGCCGUCCGCAACGACGAGGAGCUCAACAAGCUGCUGGGUGGAGUCACCAUCGCUCAGGGUGGAGUGCUGCCCAACAUCCAGGCGGUGCUGCUGCCCAAGAAGACCGAGAAGGCCGCCAAGGCCAAGUAGAGCUGCUGCCCGUCAACGCUGCUGGAGCGCACACCCACAAAGGCUCUUUUAAGA